AUGCAUGAUAACGUAGAACAGUCCCCGUUUAGCACACCGGUGCCCAGAAAAGGAGAUUCAACGUCCUCCAAGGCGACGACUGGUUCCUUGUACUCACCGGGAAGAGAUGCAAGCUCAGAUACUGAAGAUGAUGAAGAAGAUGACCAGCUGCUACUGAAGGAGACGGAUCCGCGUUUGCUAGACGCUUAUUUCCUUGUUCAAGGGAAAAAGCUUCUUGAGCUGCUUCAAAUCAACAUGUGUGGCUCCGAUACCAACGCAAAAAGAAUGCGCUUGAUUAGAAAAGCUUCCUGUCCCAUCAUAAUUUACAUGAAAGACGGUCCCAAGCCCGAAAGGAAGAGAUGGGAAGGGCAGGAUAAGUUGAGCGCUCGCAAGAACGACAAGCAGUUCGUUGGAAACAUCUUGACAUGUACUGCUGCGGUUACCACGGGCGUAAGGAUGAAUCGCGAAGGGGAACCCACACCGUGGUAUAUUGCGGUGGACGGAGCAUAUGACUCCAGGGGAUUUAGUGCAGAGUUCUGCAAAGUUUUAGCGGUAGACAUGAAGACGAAACUCUGCAUCCACACUGAAGUAGUGGAGCGCCGUCAAACAGGUGGGAAGAGCGGACUGAUGGAAAAAUUGGGGUUUCACAAUAUGUUGCGAUGGUUCCGGUCUCAACGUAUUCCCAUACGUUCAGUGUCAACUGACCGCAACCUUAUGUAUCAGAAGGAGAUUGGAGAGUACAAUUCGGAAUUUGGGGAGAACGUAAGGUGGUACCUAGACCCCUGGCAUCUGGCUAGGCGACUCGAGAAGCAACUCAGGGCGGCAUCCAUGCGGAGUCAAUGCGAAAGCAUACGCGAUUGGGCGGAUGAUCUGAAGACCCAUCUAUACACUGCCAUAAAAGAAGGAGCAGAAGCUGGAAGUGGCGACCGCAUAAAGCAUGUUUUCAAUAGCUGCUUGAAGCAUGUUGCCGAUGUUCAUGAGUGGACGGAGGAUAGCCAAACGGGGCCAGUAACAAAGUGCUUGCAUAAGCCAAUAGCUCCGAAUGAAGAGAGAGGGAAACGAACACUCGCUACUGGAACUGCCGCUCACGAAAAGUUGAAAGAGAUAGUGCUCCAAUCGACAUUUCAAAACGAUAUCGUGAUUGCGAGCCCCUAUGGCGGCACAAGCCAGUGCGAGACCAAGAACGCCGUCGACAGACUCUACUGUCCAAAGGAGCUUUUCUUACCACGAACGACUUACCCUCUCUAUGUAAAGAUGGCUACUUUACAUUUGAAUGCACUCCGAGAGGCUGAGUUGAACGGGGAAAGGGUAGUGGAAUCCAGGAUACGAAUCAAGCGGAAGUUCAAAGAGAGAACAAGUGAACUAAAGAAAAAGACGCCCAUACAACACCUAUGGAGGAAAGAAAUACACCAGUCAUACGUUUCCACGAAACGUUCGCGACAAACAUCAUACGGCGAGAUGAUGGACACGACGUAA